AUGCUUUGCGAGACGUAUUCGCUACUCGAAGUCAGUCACAUCAUCCAGGUCACCGGCACAUCAGGCAGUGCAGCCGCUCAGAUCGGCGGGACAACACUUCACUCGGCAUGCGGACUGGAUAUCCGUCGUUCUCACAACAAACAGCAGCCUCCCAUGUUCUCAGAAGCGAAAAAGUGGAUGUGGAGGCAGAAGUUGGCUCUCAUAGUUGACGAAGUGAGCAUGCUUGGGGGAACCACUUUAUUUAAUACCAACUGCCGUCUCCAGGCACUCCGUGAUUGUCCUGAUAAACCAUUCGGAGGUAUUCCUGUUGUUCUCUUGAUGGGGGAUUUCUAUCAGUUUGCCCCUGUGCUUGAGACAAGUCUCCUGGUGGACCGGAUGGCGACCAUUGCUCACCACCGUGGCCAUAGUAUAUGGCUGAUGUUCAAAACUGUUAUUCUUCUCGAAGAACAAGUCCGCGGGCGAGAUGAUCCUUUACUAGGUGCUCUUUUGGACAGAGUACGUGCUGGAACUCAGACAGUAGAGGACCUUGACCUGCUAAACACCAAGCUCGUUGACCGCUCCUGGAUCACCUUCAAGGAUGGCUUGCGUGCUAUAACGCCGCUCAAUCGCAACCGAUGGAGCCUUAACAUGGAGGCCGUGGUAGACUGGGCCUGCUUCCACGGGAGAUACAUCUCAGUCUUCGUCUCGACCCACACCUGGCGCAGUCGAGCCGUAUCUCAGCAGGAGGUGGCCCAGAUCAUUAGACAAGGCGAUAAUUCUAGCUGCAAGAUCCCCGGGGUCAGGGACUCCUGGACGACAAGAUCCCUUGGUGUGCUGCUAUGCAAGCUGACCGGUACCCCAUGA